AUGUUGGUUACCUCCUUCUUCUUUCACCCACCACUUUCAUUUCACUCUCACCAACUGUUCGCCUCCAUUUGCAUCUCAUUCUUCUCAGGUGCUGGUGCAGGAGAGGAUAUUAUGGACUCAAAGGCCAUGACCUUCAUAACCCACCAAGCCGUUUUCAACGCGGUUCGAUGUGGGGACCUUGAAGGGCUCAAGGAGCAGCUGAAGAAUUACAAGGGGGAGGCCUCACCAGAGGGGAUGCUUUCUGAGGUGAUGUCUAUGCAGAACGAUACAGGGGAAACUUUGCUGUAUAUAGCUGCUGAGAUUGGUCAUCCUGAGGUGUUCAGCUUCUUGCUUGGUUUGUGUGACUUGGAGGUGCUGAAGAUCAGGGCAAACUCUGAUAUGAACGCCUUUCACGUUGCAGCCAAACGUGGCCAUUUGGAUAUCGUAAAGGAAAUUUUGAGUAUUUGGCCUGAGGUUUGUAAGAUAUGUGACUCCUCCAGCACUAGUCCCCUAUAUUUCGCUGCUGUUCAAGAUCAUUUGGAUGUAGUGAAUGCAAUAUUGGAUGUUGAUGUGAGUUCAAUGAUGAUUGUAAGAAAAAAUGGCAAAACUGCAUUGCAUAAUGCUGCUAGGUAUGGCAUCCUUCGCAUUGUAAAAGCACUGAUUGCCCGUGAUACUGGAAUAGUCUGCAUCAAAGAUAAAAAGGGUCAAACUGCACUUCAUAUGGCUGUGAAAGGACAAAGUACUUCGGUGGUGGAGGAGAUAUUACAAGCUGACCUUACGAUAAUGAAUGAGCGAGAUAAGAAGGGAAACACGGCUCUUCACAUGGCUACCAGGAAAGCCCGUUCACAGAUAGUGAGCCUUCUGUUAAUCUACACAGCUAUAAAUGUUAAUGCCAUCAAUAAUCAGAAAGAAACUGCCUUGGAUUUGGCAGAUAAACUGCCAUAUGGACAUCCAGCUUUGGAAAUCAAGGAGGCCCUUGCGGAAUGUGGUGCCAAGCAUGCCAGGCAUAUUGGGAAAGUGGAUGAAGCCAUGGAACUAAAAAGAGCUGUUAGUGAUAUAAAACAUGAGGUGCAAUCACAGCUUAUACAGAAUGAAAAGACUCGCAGACGAGUUUCAGGUAUUGCCAAGGAAUUGAAGAAAAUUCAUAGAGAGGCAGUGCAGAACACCAUUAAUUCUGUCACAGUAGUAGCUGUCCUUUUUGGCUCAAUAGCAUUCAUGGCCUUAUUCAGUUUACCUGGUCAAUAUCGAAAGAAGCAACCGGAGGCAGGCGAGGCAAAUAUAGCCGAUGAUGUUGCCUUCAGUGUUUUCUGCCUUCUGAAUGCUACAGCUCUUUUCAUUUCCCUUGCAGUUGUUGUUGUUCAAAUCACUUUGGUGGCUUGGGAUACAAGGGCUCAAAGGCAGGUUGUGUCAGUGAUUAACAAGCUAAUGUGGGCUGCAUGUUCUUGCACUUGUGGUGCUUUUCUUGCUAUAUGCUUUGUGGUGGUCGGAGAGGAAACAUGGCUGGCUAUUGGUGUCACCCUUUUAGGAGCACCAAUUCUACUUGGCACACUAGCAUACUUGUGCUACUUUGUUUUUAGGCGACAUUUUGGACUCCGCAGUGAUUCCCAGAGACUAGUCAAGAGACCAAGUGGAAGCAAAUCUUUCUCAUGGUCUUACUCAAUAAACAUAUCAGAUGCGGAUGCUUAUGAUUCUGAUCAUGAGAAGAUGUAUGCUCUGUAA